AUGGAGCCCAAAGAAGCUCCCGGGAAAGAAAACAUGGGCACCAAGAAAAAGAACCUGUCCUUCCUGAGGCCCAGGCUCUAUAUGCUGGAGAGAAGGAAGACUGACACUGUGGUUGAGAGCAGUGUUCCUGGGGACCACUCUGGUACCUUGAGGAGGAGCCAGUCUGACAGGAGCGAGUACAACCAGAAACUGCAAGAAAAGAUGACACCACAGGCUGGGUGUUCCACGGCUGAGACCCUAACUCAGGAGGAUGAGCAUCAGAUUCGGAGAAUGAUGGCAAAGCGUGCGAAAAUCAUCAAGGAGCUGAUACAGACAGAAAAGGACUAUCUCAAUGACCUAGAACUGUGCGUUCGAGAAGUGGUUCAGCCCUUGAGAAAUAAACAGGUUGAUCGGCUGGAUGUGGAUAGCUUGUUUAGUAACAUCGAAUCGGUGCAUCAGAUAUCAGCCAAGCUGCUGUCAUUGUUGGAAGAGGCCACGACAGACGUAGAACCAGCCACGCAAGUAAUCGGAGAAGUAUUCUUGCAGAUUAAAGGGCCACUGGAAGAUAUUUAUAAAAUCUACUGCUAUCACCACGAUGAAGCGCAUAGUGUACUGGAGUCCUAUGAAAAGGAAGAGGAGCUGAAACAACAUUUGAGCCUCUGUAUCCAGUCCUUAAAGAACAUAUACAUGCAACAAGGCAAACCAAACUUACUGGACAUGGGCUCUUUGAUGAUCAAGCCAAUUCAGCGAGUGAUGAAGUACCCUCUAUUGCUGUGUGAACUCCGGAAUUCCACCCCUUCCUCUCACCCAGAUUUCCAAGCGCUGGAAGAUGCCUAUGCUGCAGUGAAACACAUUAAUGUAAACAUUAAUGAACUUAAAAGACGAAAAGAUUUAGUUCUGAAAUACAAGAAGAAUGAUGAGGAAGAAUCACUUAAAGAUAAAUUGUCUAAACUAAAUAUUCAUUCAAUUAGCAAGAAAUCAAAAAGAGUGACAAAUCAUCUAAAGAUUCUGACCAGAGGAGAAUCACAGGUGAAAGACAAUACCUUUAACAGAGAAGAAAAGCUAUUUCGAUCUUUAGAAAAGACUGUGAGGCACUGUGUGAAGAACAUUUCAUUCUGUCUCCAACACAUACAGGAUGCCAUGCCUUUAGCUCUGCAGAGCAUGAUGGAGCUCCAGGAGAUUUCACACAACAAAGAUGAGGAGGAGAGCAGCUAUUCAGAGUCUCCAAGUAAUGCCGCAAAUCCUUCUGAAGACUUUGCAGCUCAUUUGCAGAAGCUCGUCCUGACGCCUCUGUCAGCCCUGCUGUCCCUGUUCCCAGGGCCUCAGAAACUAAUCCAGAAACGCUAUGACAAACUGCUGGACUAUAACAGCUACUUGCAGCGGGCGGCGGCGGAUGAGUCAGACUUGGCCAAAAGGGAAUAUGAGGCCCUCAAUGCCCAGCUGGUGGAAGAGCUCCAGGUGUUCAAUCUGGCCGCGCGGAAGAUCCUCCUCAACUGUCUGUGCAGUUUCAUCACGCUGCUCAGGGACCUGAUGAUCGUGGCCCAGCGGGUUCACACCGCCACGGUGCCGGUACCACAGUUGGCUUCAAGCAUCUCUGAAAUUCAGAAUCGAGUACUAGAAGAGGUUCAAAACCUGAAUUUUGUAAAGGAUAACAAUGCUACCUUUAUUGAGAGGAAACUUAGUUUUGAAAAGAAGAAGCCUGUGCAGACUCUGCCAGAAGUGCCACGCCAGACGGACACUCACCGCUCCAAACUUCUAUCCACAUACAGCACAGAGGAACUCUACCAAGCUAAGCGCAAGUGCAAUGCUACACAAGAAUAUGACAUCAAUCUUCUGGAAGGGGAGUUGGUGGCUGUGGUGGAGCAGAAAGAUCCACUGGGGAGUACCAGCAGGUGGCUUGUUGACACAGGAAUUAUAAAAGGAUAUGUGUAUUCCUCCUUCCUAAAACCCUACAAUCCAGCAAGAGUGCAGAAGGUGGAUGCUGAGAACAGGUUCUGCGACGAUGAUUUUGAUAACAUCAGCCUCUUUGUGUCUUCACGGCCAGCCAGGGACAGUGUCACAGGCACCCCAGAAGGUAGCAUAAGUGGGAGCAGCUCAUCUCUUAGUGGAACAUGUGGGAAGUCUGAAACAAAUGGUACUGACAUUGACAGUUUUCAAGAGGCAGAUGAACAGAUUUUCUAUGCAGUUCAUGCCUUUCAAGCACGGAGUGACCAUGAACUUAGCCUUCAGGAAUACCAAAGAGUCCAUAUACUUAGAUUUUGUGACCUAAGUGGUAAUAGAGAGUGGUGGUUAGCUGAAGUUCAAGGACAGAAAGGCUAUGUUCCAGCUAACUACCUUGGGAAGAUGACUUAUGCUUAA